CCAAACAAACAAAUUUACUUUUUAUUAAUUUAAAAUCCAUCGAAAUUUAUUGUGUUACAAACGCAAUUUAUUUCAUUCGAAUUUUUAACGGAGUUGUCAAAAUUUUGCCAAUGGGGAACCACCGGACAAUAAGGGUCCACUGCCCAUAAGUCAUAACACACCAAUUGAAGAUUAAAGCCCCACCGAUGGAGACAAAAUUUCAGAGUCCACUCCGGAUUUCUCCAAUUCUACUGUUGAACAGAGCGAGAUGAGCGUCGUGUCGCCGGAAUUUUCAGAUCGACUGUGGAAGAUCUCGGUGCUUCUACUGACGGUGACGGCGGCGGCGCAUUCGAAAUGCGAAUUCGAAGCGAUCUUCAACUUCGGAGACUCCAACUCCGACACCGGCGGCUUCUGGGCGGCGUUUCCGGCGCCGGCGCACUACGGACCUUACGGCAUGACCUUCUUCAAGAAACCCUCCGGCCGGGCCUCCGACGGAAGGCUCAUCGUCGAUUUCUUAGCGCAAUCCCUGGGACUGCCGUUUAUUAGCCCAUAUCUCCAAUCGAUAGGGUCGGAUUUCAGACAUGGUGCCAAUUUUGCAACUUUAGCUUCAACAGUGCUUUUGCCAAACACUUCAUUAUUUGUCACCGGAAUCAGCCCCUUUUCUUUGGCCAUUCAGCUCAACCAAAUGAAGGAAUUCAAGUUCAGAGUUCAUCAGUACUAUUCUUCUCCACAUCCAAAAGGAUGGACUCAACUUCCUCCACCAAAUAUUUUUGGAAAAUCUUUGUAUACAUUGUACAUUGGUCAAAAUGAUUUCACCUCCAAAUUAGGAGCCAUUGGAAUUGAAGGGGUUAAGCAAUUUCUCCCUCAAGUUAUUUCCCAAAUUGUUGAUACCAUCAAGGAGCUAUACAAGAUGGGGGGAAGAACAUUUGUUGUUCUGAACCUAGCUCCGGUGGGGUGCUACCCGGCGCUGCUCGUGGAGCUUCCACACAACAGCUCGGACCUCGACGAAUAUGGCUGCUUGAUUUCAUACAACAAAGCAGUUGCAGACUACAACGCCAUGCUUAAAAAACAGCUCAAACGAGCAAGAAAGGUUGUUCCCAAUGCUUCACUCGUUUAUUUAGACACUCACUCUGUGUUGCUGCAGCUCUUCCAACAUCCCUACUCUCAUGGUCUCAAAUAUGGUACCAAAGCUUGCUGUGGCCAUGGUGGAGGAGCCUAUAAUUUUGACCCAAAAGUUGUUUGUGGAAAUAAGAAGAAGAUAAAGAAGAGGAUUUUAGAAGCAACAGCUUGCAGAGACCCAUAUAAGUAUGUAAGUUGGGAUGGGAUCCAUGCCACAGAAGCUGCAAACAAACUUGUUACUUUGGCUAUUCUCAAUGGCUCCUAUUCUGACCCUCCCUUUUCCCUUCAAAAGCUCUGUGAUCUCCAACCGCUAGAUUGAUCCAAUCGGUCUCGGAUGAUGUGAUUGAAGACGUUCGUGUUCUCGUUUAUCUCGGGAUAAGAUUGGUUAAGUUAUAUAAAAUACCCCUAAAUUGUAGAGUUUGUUUCGAUUGAAGUUUCGUAAGUCUAAUUUUCUCCCUUCUGCUUUUAAGGGCUCGUUUGUGGUGACGUUCAUAUUUCUUGUUUCUCGUUUUCGAUUUUCUUAAGAAAUCUAAUUAUUUUGCAACUAA